AUGCUGACCCUUGUGCAGUUGGAUGAUCAUGUUCAGGAACUUUGGAGGACACCUAAGUCACCCCAUGAUCUGCCACAUUCCUCUUCUUCUCACUGUGUCAAAUGCUUUCAUCAGAUCAAUGAACACUACAUUCAGCCCCUUGUUUUGCUCCCAACACUUCUCCUGCAGCUGCUAGAGAACAAACACGUCUGUUGUACUCCUGUUGGUUCUGAAGCCACAUUGACUCUCUGGAAGGUGCUGUUCUGCAAUGUUGGGUACCAGCCUGUUCAGCAGAACCCUUGCAAUGAUCUUUCCUGUGAUGGAGAGCAGUGUAAUCCCUCAGUAUUUGGAGCAGUCAGAUUUUUCCCCUUUGUUCUUGUACAGGGCAAUGAUGACUGCAUCACACAGAUCUUGUAUUUUUCUUUCCUCCCAACAUCAGCAAAAGAGUAUGUGGAGUCUCAUAUGCAACACUGGACCCCCAUGCUUCCAGAUCUUAGGUGGGAUUCCAUUGACUCCUGUUGA